AAAAAAAAGUAGGGUAGUUAUUUAAAUAAAAUGGCGCAAAAGCCAAGUGAUUAUACAUACAAUAAGCAGCACAGCUUUCGAGAGCCGGAGCCGGAGAACGACCAUGAUCCCGACUUUGUGGGCGACUGGGCUUGCGACACCUGCACCCUCCCGAUUUUCUCGACCCCGGGAAACAGAUCUAUGCACGACGAGUGCGCGAAUCUCCCUGCCACGCUGGCCCCGUUGUUACAUCCCGGGAGGUCCCUCGUCCUCAACCGAAACAAUUAUUGGAUGGAUACUCGCAAAAAGUGCAACAGGUGCGGGUGGACGUGUGAGGGUGCCUUGUACGAGUGCCAGGGCGUCAACGGCUGUGGGUUCACGCUGGACCCGGUGUGCGCCGUCUCGGUCAAGGUGAUGCACAGGAGCCACGAGCACAAGUUGACUGCCGUGAGAGGUUCCUUCUCCUCCAACUGGUGCAGUGCGUGCGGGUCCCAGCACGGCGGCCGCGCGGUGGGGUUGUUGGACCAGUUCUAUGUGUGCGUCGACUGCGACUUUUGGCUUCAUCCCGACUGUGCCAAGCUGCCCAAUGCCGUCAGCGGCGGGGCGCUUCACGGGCAUCCCCUUCUGUUAUUUUAUGUAAAGGGAUGGUCCGAACGGGAUAAGUUUCAAUGCAGCAUUUGCAGCGGCGUUAAGAAGGAGGAGGAAGAAGAGAAGAAGGUGGAUUUCAAAGGUUUUGGGUUUUAUACUUGUUUCCGUUGUGAUUACUAUGCUCAUGUCAAGUGCUUCAAGGCUAAGAGUCCCAAUGGACUCAUGAGAGUGCUUGUCUAUUAUGAAGGGGUCAUUCCCGACUCGAUUCGCCUGCCAAUAAUGAAAGAUGACUGCGUGAGCGUGACGCCACUUUUAGUGAAGGCCCUCGACAUUAAAAAUGUCGAUCGUGUUGCUAGUACAAGUAUCGACAGUGAUAGGGGCGGGCUUACUACCGAUCUUGCUACUUAUGAUCAUAAGAGAGUAUUAGACAAGCAUGUUUUGAUCCUUCAUGAUGAUUACCAAAGUGGUGUCGAGCGUGUAUGCAACGCUUGUGUUCAACCCAUUUCUCCAUCCGAUUCAUUUUAUAGUUGUGUUGAUCAUAAUGAAACCUCAUCAAGAAAUGAUGGUCCAUGCAAAGAUUACUUCCUCCACAGUUGUUGCGCGUAUCUUCCUGCCAUACUUAACUUCCCUCGAAAGAGACAAAAAACACUCACUCUCUUAACUUGCAAGGCAGGCGGCGAAAAGACUCCCUUCAAUUUGUUCAAAUGUGACGGUUGCAACUACACGUGUAACGGAUUCGCCUACUUAUCACAGGCGGACGACGACACUUCUCUUGUUCUGGACAUCGUGUGCGCCCUCAUGCCCACCUCAAUCAUGCACCGGUCCCACGGUGAGUACCAUAUCCUCCAAUCGAAAACUUACAACCAACAACCGUGUAGCUACUGUGGCUUGGAAUUAAAACCCGACACUAGCUACGUAUGCAACAACUGCCGCAAUUUUGGGAUACAUCCAGCUUGCGCCCUAAUUCCGAACCAAGUACGCUACCGUAAAUUCGACCCCCACCCUCUUUACCAUUGGUGUUUUCUCGAAAAGGAACAAUCAAUACUUUGCGAGGUCUGUGAAAAUAGCAUACAAAGUGGGGAGUGGCACUACCGUUGCCACAAAUGUCAACAGUCAUUGCACUUUAAUUGCAUCCCAUCUGUCGAUCGACUCUCCAAAAUCAAGUUUGGGUUUACUGUCCGUGUACAAGGCCAUCCAUGCCCCGUCGCUUGUGUACGCGCGCUUUCAGUGUAUUGCUACAUGUGUGGCCAUUGUGGGAAGACCAUAAAGGAACACAACGACGACAUUGCUUUCGAGUGCCCCAAGUGUUAUUUUCGGAUCCACAAAGACUGUUGUGCAAAAACACUCUUGUCAGAUAAGGUUGAGUGGGAAGGGGAAGAAUAAGCGGUCUCCUUAUGUUGUGUGUUGCUGUAAUAAUUGGAGUUGUCUAAUAAUAGCUAAACUUGCAUUAUUUGUCAAUGUCGUGUGGUCUUCUUCUCAAGAAAGCAGAUGAGAGAAACAUAUCUAUGCUUUGUAUAUUAUUUGCAGACAACUAUAAGAUGACAUUUGGUUUCUAUUAAUGUUUCAAGAAAUUUAUGGCGGCUUUUGUUGUAAUAAGUGUUACAUGUAAAAAGAGAAAAUAUA